UAUGAUUCUCCUCCCACCGAACCUUUUUCAUGUACAGAUACAGAGACACAAAGCCAGAUCUGCAGAAUUCACAACAAAAAUGGAAGCUCUCCUCUACCAAUUCACCCUCCUUUCAAACCAAGCGUUGCAAGACAAAAGCUUCGAUCCAUCCACCAUCGAAGACCUGAUGAAGCUCUUCGAGAUCGACGCGUACAAGUCAUGGGCGGCCAUGGAGCUCGAACAGCAAAAGGAAGUCGAAGAAGCCGACGCCGCCAUGCAACAAGCCGAGCGCUACCUUGACUCGGCCAUGGAAAGCGCCAUGGAUGAGUUCAGACGCUUUGAGGAGGAGAUGGAAACGUUGUCCAAGACCGAGCCCAACAGCUUGGAGGAAACUGCCGAGCGCGCUAGGAAGAUGGGCAACUCCAUGGAAAAGACGGCGGCUAUUGCUUCCAAGAGAUAUAUGGAGACGGCAAUGAAUUCUGCCACUGCGUCCAUGAAAGCGGCUUGGAAGGGAAUUGCAUCGAAGAAGGUUCAUCCUUCUUAAUUAGGGAAAACGAUGGAGAUGAUCUCGAGGUCAUGAUGGGAUAUCUCUAGUUUAUUUGCUUGUUUUGUAAUUUGUAUUUCUUGUAAGGUGUAUUUGGUAAUAUGGGGAAAACUUUGUCCUAUGAAUGAAUUCUUAAAAAUUGGAGGCUUUAAA